ACACAAUCAGUAAGAAUGGUUACGAAGAUAUUACCACUAAUAAUUGUUCUAGUAUGGAUGACAUAUAGUGUACACAGUUGUAGGUGUCGUGGUUAUCCUCACCCUCAAAAUCAAUUCUGCUCUGCUGAUUAUGUAAUGUAUGGCGAAGUUACCAAGGAAAAACUUAUUCCAGGUGCACCCGAUGACGUAAACAACAAUUUAGCUACUUGGGAAUAUACAUUUAAAAUUAUUUUCAAAAUGAAGGGUGUGACAGAAGGAGUUGGACAAGAUGUUGUCAUAGAGACAAGAGGAAAUGGUGCUCUCUGUGGAGUACGAUUUACUGUUGGCCAAUCUUAUAUUUUAAUGGGAGGCAAAAAACCUGAUGGAACGAAAACAAUAUAUUUGUGUGAUUUUAGGAGUACACUUGACUCUCUUUCUCCAUUUCAAGCGUUUUAUUUGUUUACAAAACGUUCUAAUUCGUAUAAUUUCAACUGUAGAAGAAGAUGCAACAUUGGUGCAAAAUCAAUAGGCUGUAAAUAUCAAUCGGAAAAUCAAAAUGAUAAGACUACUAGAUGUCUUGCUAAGAACGCACUUUGCAAAAGAGAAAGAAGACGAUGUCGCUGGGUUAAUAAUGAGACAUGUUAG